UCAACAGAUCCCGAUAUGCAAAUUACUGUGUGAAAUAUGGUUUCCUCUCGAAAAACUAGAACACCCACUUGAAGCAAGCUUGCAGUGCAGAUAAUCUUGAAGGAAGUUGUAAAUUUGCGGUCAAGACUCGAGCUUCGAAAACUCUUACAGCUUAGUUGCAGUAGGGCAUUUCCAGGCAUGGCGAAGCGAUCAACGAUCUCCGUAUUCUUUCUGUUGAACGUGAUCGUGUUUAUGUUGCCAUCUAUUUUAAUAGCUCAGAGAUGCGAUCGGCAAGUUUACAGCAACAUAUGGCAUCGUUGCACAGAAUGUAACAUAAAUGUUCUCCAAGGUUGCCCGAUAGGUUAUCAACAAGUUACGAGCGGCGAAGGAGUUCAACGCUGUACAAUUUUCUUAAAUUUUGGACCGAACUUGGGCAGAAUUUCUGUCCCUGGCUGUCAACAUUUGUGCAGGCGAACUCUUAUACUAAAAGAAUGCUGCAGUGGGUUUUGGGGACAAGACUGUCAAGGUAUUUUGCAAUGAAAUUUAUCAGUUAAAUCUUAUAACUCGAAUACACAAAUCACUCUGGUUGUUCAAUGUCUUCAUUGUUGCGCUGUUAUAGAUUAUGUAAACACAGACAGUUUUCUUGAAUUUAAAUUUCAUUCAGCCUGCAUUUUUAUUUCCAAACCCAAGCGAAGUGUAUAUAUUGGCUACGAAAUUUCAUCUUAAGUGUUUAUAAUAAAGCUGAGAUAUUUCACAAAGACGGGAAUUUUUCGGGAAAUUUUGGCGCCAAGGGAUCACAUGACAUGAAUCUUCCGGGAAAUUUGUUACAAUCGAGAUAUUUGAAUUUUCUAUUAUGUUAUAUUUUAUGCCAUUAAAGUUGUGCACGUUCUCUCUCACUGGAAAGGUCAAUCUAAUGUUUCAAACAGCGACAAAGCCUAUAUUUUCAGUGAAGAAGAUAGAAUAUAUUUAACGAGUGUGUAUGGACAAGCGUGAAGUCAAAAUUUUCUGUCUUUGAAACGGCUGUGUUUUCGACUCUCCGCUGUGAAAUUCUCGCACUAAGCAGUUUAAUUUUUUAAUUUUUAAAUACAUUUUAUGGCAGCUACAGUGAACAUGAAUAGGAAAGAAAAAUCUCUGCAAAAUCUAGACAAUAUCAAUACAGUAGCAUGGGAACUUUGUCAUGAACACUCUUCUCAUACUUAUAUGCGCCGUAUCUUUUUCACACGAUAUAUUUUCGUGCUUUUAAAAAAUUAACACGCAUCAUUUCGCAUGUUCUGCUUUUAAUAUUUAGCAAUUUUGUCUUGGCAAGAUUAAACACAGCAGUCACUUAUUUUUGAUGUUAUAUUGUCCUGGAAUAAGACAAUCUCAUAAGAGAAAAAAAGUUCAGGUAAUUUUCUCCAAGCAUGUUUAAAAAUUCCAAGCGUACGGCGAAUUCAAAGCUUUUUUAGACUUCCUCUUCAAAGUCGCCUUUUCUCAUUACGUAGUUCGCGCUUAUAAUUUGACUUCGGAAUCCGCAGAACUAAACUGAACACAUUAAGAGCUAGUUAUUAAAAAUAACAAAUGUACGCCAUCGUGCACCAUGAAAUUUAUAGACGACAACUUUUAGUUUGUUGUAGACGUUUAUAAUGGGUUCAACUGGAAGUAACUGUGUGAAUUAAUCUGGUUUGUUUAUGUUUUCAUCGUUUUUCAAUUACAAGGAGGCUGUUACAGUUUUGCAUCACAAACAGUCCAUAGAAACCUAAAAUGAUUUUUUAGCAAGAUAAGUAUCAGUCAAUCAUGGAAAAAUAAUAUCCGGUGGUCAUAUGAAAAUUAACUUUUUAGCCCGAAAUUUAGAUGACAAUACACAUUACGUAAAGGCGGAUAAUUUUAGAAGCAAAACCUUUAAUUUCGUACAGCAGAUAUAUUGUGUUGAGGCUUUAAUGAUGCUGUGGUUUAACGAAGAAUGUGAACAAUAUAAGAGGAAAAGAAACCAUAAUCUUGUUAAGGCUAUUUUUAAAAGAAAAACACUUGGAAAAAAAAUGACUUCAAAAUUCGAAAGAAACUAAAAAUUGACUCAUAGUCAUGUACCCUCAAGUUGUAUUAAAGCAAAGAAUAAAACCAAUUAAUCAUCUCAUUUGCUGGUAUAAUGAGCAGGACAAUAUCUGAUUAUGACUGUUAAAUAUGUCAUACGAACUUGAAGAAUUAAUUGCUGGAAGAGAAAAAAUACUGAGUUUUAAUACUCAAUACAAAGAACACAAAUUAAUGUAGCCGGGUAAUAUCUGGCUAUGACUGUUUGAUCACAACUGAUUAAAGUAUGUUGUACUAAUUUGCAAAUUAUUGAACAAUUAAUUUAUUCCAGAGAAAAAGGUACUGAUUUUUAAAAUUUAGUGGAUUUAGGAAAUGGGCAAAUAAAAGCAAGGGAGAGUGGAGAGGGGCGAGACAGGGGAGGGGAGAGGGAAUGAUUUGACUGUUUUUUGCCUGUUGUUACCAGGGAAUCCUCAAAAUGAUUCUUUAAACUUAAAAACCUUUAAGUAGUGAUUAACAUCAAUUUUCUCCUGAUUUCAAUAGACUAUUAAGAGGAAAGGUUAUUAGAUUUCUGACAUGAUCUGGGAGGCUAGGGAAAUGCUACUAAUCUUUUAUCAAAUUCUCUCAACUAAGUAUCUCAUGAGGCAAUGUGUGUAACUGGAGAAUUUGUAUGUGGAUUUUGGGGCUUAAAGAGUUAACAUUGUUUUGUCUGUGAAUCAUAGCAUGUCCUGGUAGUCCCUCAUGCAGUGGGCGUGGCUCCUGCAGUGACAAGGUGACUGGUAAUGGAACCUGCACUUGCCAGGUAAGAGUCGCAGUUCACCCAAGUUCUUACAGUAGUGUACACAGGCCUAUAGCUACAAUCAGGGACAAAAGUAGUUGACACACUUGUUUAAAACGAGUGCUUUUAGCAAACAUUUAAUUCAUCUAUUAUUUCAUUCUUUUUAAAAGCCGUGAAUCCCCUCAUCCCCCGAAUCAAUGUUGUCUGAAGUAAAAAAAGACUUGAGGGUCCAAAAUUCAACAUUGAUUUUGGGGGGGAAGGGGUUGGGGUAGUAAGGGAAGGGGAUAAGUAUAUCCACUAUGCAAAAAGGGGCCAUUUUACGGAAGUGUGUCAACACUUUUGUCCCCCAUUGUAGUCUAGAGGCAGCUGAAGCGGUUGUCUAGUUAUGGAUGUUGAUUUAAGUUCCUUUUGUGUGCCAUAUCCUUCCUUCAUAGUACAGGUCACCAUUAUUCACUCACUUAGUUAGCAAUGAUUCUUUACUUUGUACCUUGACUCAUCAGGAUGGUUUCAAAGGAUUUGCCUGUGAGCUGUGUAAAGACGCAAACAAAUUUGGCAGCUACUGCAAUGAAAGUGAGUGUUAAUUCAUGAAAGAAGUACAUGAUAAAAUUCUCAGUGCCUGACUCGCUGUGUAUUUGGCAAAUUAGCCAGGUUUUUUGUAAGUUACCCAUUUAAAAAUUUCCUAAACAAACAACAACAAAAAAUAGAAACCAAGUUAAUUAACUUGGUUCAAAGAAUCAAGGAUUUUUAUAAAAUGUUUUUAAACUGAAGAUGUUUUUUUACUUGAAACAUUUUAAGUGUCAUUAACUAUAUUAAGACUUUAAUUACCCGUAAGCUCUUAAUGAUAAAAAUAAAUUCACCUUCUCCAUGUGCAAAUUAAUCAACAGAAUUGAGUGCUGUCUUUUCCUCCUUGGCUUUUGUGACUCAGCUAAUUAAUCAUGACAAAGCAUUCCAGUAAUUUUCCCACUAACAUAAGGACUGAUAUCAAACAAAAAUUUUAAAACUACUGACUUUAAUAUUGCUAUAUUGUCAUAUUAUUACAAACUUAUUAAUGUCUUGAUUAUACAUGUCUUUUGUUAAAUGAUCUCUUUCUUAUCUUUUUAUAAUUAGUAAUUCAUAUUAGAAUUAACUGAAUUAUACUACUACAUGAGAAAUUUCUGCAAUUUGAUUGGCUUAGAGCAGUGGUAUUUCAGCUUAAUUUGAAAUACCUACAUGUGAAAUUUACAAACCUUUUGUGGGUAAAGUAUAAACAAAUAAUAGCACGAUUUGUGCAUGAUAUUUGGCAUAAAUACCACUCGUGAGAUUUGAAAAUUAUCUCAAAUUUCACACGUCUAACGGCUCUUGAAAUUACGUAUAACAAUUUUGAAAUAUCACUCGUGGUAUUUAUGCCAAAUAUCACUACUAAUCAUGCUAUUACCUAUACUAACUCAAUUUUAAUUUUAUAAUAUUAGUGCAACACUGUGCCAAAGAAAUUUCAUUUUGAUAUGAUUUGCUGUGGAAUCCCAAUAUAAAAAUGUGCCAGCUGAUUGAAAUUACAUUCAUUUUAAUUGGAAGGAGGGCGGGGGCCUUUUAUCAGGGUUUUAACCUAUACACUGUAUUAAAACUGGGGCAAAGCACAUCAUUUUGUUAUACCAUGGCAUUUAAAUGUUAUAUAUAAAUCUAGAUCUUUCAUGCCUUUUAACCCCCAAAAGUGUUUUAUAUUAUCUAAUUUUAAGUGGUAAAUGAAGACUGCCCAAUAACCAUGAGUCAGUGACUCAGGAUGUUUUGAUAAUUAUUUGUCCAUUAAAGAUAACCUAUUUACUACUUGGAGGUGGUUCAAGCUUGUACACUGAACCUCUUGUCCUAUUUUCAAUUCACUACUUUUGCAUAGACCAUAAUGCUUCUUGUUUACCCCCUCCACCCCACCUGCCCCCCAAAUUUUGCAUAACCAUUGUUUCCAAUUUCUCCUGGGUAUAACAGUGGUCCCAAGAGAAAUCCAAGACAAUGGUUAUGCAAAAUUUUUUGGGGGGUGGGGGUGGGUAAACAAGGUGCAUUAUAAUGGUCUAUGUGAAAAUGGUGAACAGCCUUGUCAGGGGUGGAUCCAGAAAAUACCAAGAGAGGGUGGGGCAUCGGGAGACUUGCCAGCUAUAAUAUUAGACUUUUAUCUGUUAACAGGUCUUACUAACCUUUUAUUGGUGAAAGAACUCUGAGAGCACGGUCUGUGUCCAAGAGGAAAUAGACAGCUGUAGAUGAAAUGCGGGGAGGGGGGUGCAGGGCGGGUAAGGGUGUCUUCCUUGGCCCCCCUUUAUCUACCAAUACAUUUUUCUUGUGGCAUGAGUUCUUUUAUUAGGUUACCUGAGGUACAACAUUACAUUAUCUUUGUUAUUUACAUGAGUGAGUAAUUAUGAUAUCUAAAUCAUGUCCUCCUUUCUCCUUGGCAGCUUGUCACUGUGUUCAUGGACAGUGUGACAGUGGGUUACGUGGCACAGGACACUGCAGACCAGACAGCUGUCACCUGGGACAUCAAGGACAGGACUGUAACAUAGGUAAGUGUAAAAGCUGGGAUACCUGUGACAUUUGGCAGUGCACAAGAGACCUGUAUUAUCUAAAAUUAAUACUUUGAUUGAGGUUCUCAAGGAAAAGAUUGGUCAAGUUUAUUAUGGUGAAGAGACGAUCCAAGUAGCGGAUGAUGAGUUUUAUCUAUGUUGAUUCCCAAAGGUUCAUUAGUUAUAAAAGAACAUUGCAUUAUGACAGUCCAAAGGACUGUAUGAGAAGUAUCAGUGCCAAAGGGCCAAAGGGAAAACACUUCAUUGUUACAUUCUGACUUGACGUAGGAUGAGAAGCGUUAGACUGCAAUACAGCCCGUAUUUUGGUCUAGGUUAAGAAAGCGCACUCGGGCAGUCAAAGGAAAGGUCCGGAGUGAGGGUGAAAACGGAGAGUGAUACUAAGGACAGACACAAAAAAUACUCUUACCACUACGGGCGUGUUAAGCCCACGCUCUUUGCGCGAAAAUAUCACACCGGCGCUUUGCGUCUUGUAGUCGAGAGAAGUGUGUUCUAUGAGAAUAUAGAUUAUCUAAAGGGGGAUAAAGAAAAAAAAGGUGGUCAUUAUCAACUAAAAAACGUAAUGAGUAACAAUUUGCUUUCCAGCCCUGCCGAACUGUACCAGUCCACUGCCAUGUCCAGUGAAUGCAGGUUGCUUCAAGAUCAAUAACACAGACUCAUGUGUAUGUGAUCCAGGAUACAGAAACAUCAGCAAUACUUGCAAUGGUGAGUUACAGUAAACUACUAGGAAUGAAGUAGAUCAUUAAUUCUUGCUUCCCCUGCAUCCUCCUCCUCUGAAACUGUCUUAUUUGUCUCUACUUUCCUCUUCGUUUCUUCUAUGUUUCAUUCCACUUUUCUUUAUCUCUCAUCUCUUCUCAGUUUGCUGCCUUACUCUUACUUCCUUUUGUGUUUCAUUCCACUGUUCGUUAUCUCUCAUCUCUCCUCAUUUGUCUACCUCACUCUUAUUUCUUUUGGCUUUCGUUCUACUGUUCUACAUCCUCUCUCCUCCUAGACUGCGUUGCAGAGGUAAUUUAACCCCGGUAAGUAAUGUCUGCGAAGCAGUGCUGAGAUCCUUGGUCGGGGCACCCAACGGGCUCAACAAAUUACCGAAAAUGCGUUUCAAAUUUCCCUUCAACCUACUUGGCAAAUCGACAAUGGCAUUUUAAACAGGCCAAUCAUGACACGCGCUCAAAUCCUGGUACACAGCUGGGGACCUAGAACAAGGAUUUCGGCGCUGUUUAACAGACGGUCUUAACCAGAGUUUAGUUUCGUCUGUAGCGUAAGCCACUGUCUUUCUUUCACUUCCGCUACUCUUUGCUCUUCUUCCUUCUACUUCCCUACUUUCUCUCUCCAUUUAUUUCCCUUCCUUCAUAGCCCUCCAUCGCUUGUCAUUAUUUUCUUUACAACUUCCUCUUCAACAUCUUUCCUUCCUCUUCCUACCUCUUUAGUCUCUAGCCUUUUUUCCGGAUAUAUUGAGGUUUUUUUGGGUAACUGCUCACCCACCCCUCCCCUAAGUCAACAUUGGCACUUAAUCCUUUCUAAGGGGAAAAUUUUGUGUUAGGGGAGUGGUAGGUGAUCAGUCUUCUCCCAAACCUCUAACUCUCUCUGCCCUCACUUCUCCUCCUUAAAAGACAGAUGAUGGCCUUGAUGCAACCAUGGUAACGCGAGAAAUAAAAUCGCGAAAUCCUAAACCUUAGCUUCUUCACAACGUGCAUUACAAAGAUUUGUCUUUCUUGCUUUUGACGAAAUUACACAUUUUCUUUCUUUUCUUUUCUUUUUGCUUUUUACUUGUUACCCGGUGAUAUCUGUUUGUAAUCUUCUACUUAAUUAGUUUGGUACGCCACGACUAGCGUUUUGGCUAACUGCGUGCCAAGAAAUUGAGAGCACUAUAAUAGUUUUCGUUGCUCGUUUUCCAUCAAAACGUCGUUUUGUGAAGGAAAUCGUUGCAUAUCAAAUAUUGUUUUGCGUGGUAUAUAAACGCUACAAGCGAGCUUGAUCAACCACGCGGACGACAGAAACGAGAAAAUAAAAAAAAGUUUUAAUGCUCAUGAAAGCAAAAAUUCUGAACGCGCAGGACGCUUUUUCGCAAAUUUCUCUGUCGUCUCUGCCCGACUUAUGUCGUCAAACUUGAUUAUAAUGGCUAUGUGGUCGUUGCUUUAAUCUCUAAGAUGGUCGAUCUUGGCGACUUCGAUUUCGUCGGAAAUACCCUUAGAGGGUCUACCGUGUCCCUUUAGCAUCCUGUCUUUGCCAACUGAAGGUUUUUUUUCUUUUCCCAUCUAUCCUUUCUUUUUUCUCUUCUUCUCUCUUCAUUCCUCCUUCCUGUCCUCUUUUCCGUCUCUUUAUCUCAGUAUUUCGUCUUCUUCCUUCUUUGGUCUUUUUGUUUUGUCAAUUCCUUCACUUCCACUGCCUUUUUUUGUAAAUCCCUUUGAACCUCUUACCUUCUCCUUUCCUCCUACCUCUUGUUUUCCUACCUCCUGUCUUCUCGCUUUCCCUUACUGUCUCAACUGCUGGGCUUCCGUUGCCCAGCGGAUUUGCCUGUGUUUUUCGAGCAUGCGCACUGUUGGCCUUGUCAUUGUGCACAAGGCCACCGCGUAAAAACCUCAAGCUUGACUUACCCGUUUUUGUUUUCGGUUUUUAUUCUUGUUAAUCUCUUCAUUUGCUGGAAUUUAAAGUCUACAUGGGAUUGUAAAGCUUUUACGGCGCUUUUGAGUCUUUUCGGGACGCCUCGCCGGUAACGACUAAUGUAGUUUUAAUCUGAUGGAUGUCAUUAUGUGCCGCCGUUCACCGCAACGCACUGUCUCUGCCCUUGUCCCUAUGGCUUUCCAGGGUCAGGUCUGUCGUCAAAUGGCGCGAGUUUCGCGGGAAUAAAAAAAUUGGGGCAAGACUCACGCAAUGCUCUAAACCGGUCAAGAACAGGAGAAAACCCGUUUUUUAAUUUAUUCGUCCAGAUUUCUGGACGGAUUUGAACGGUUGUAGGCAGAGGCUACUUCUCGCUCUACAGGUCACACAGCGAAAAUAAAGCCUCUGCUCGCAGGGUAGCCGCUCAAUCUUUAUCAGAAACAUCACUUUAUUUUGAUGAAAACGCGCUACGGGAGAUGCGUUACUGGUUCACAAUCCGAGUCGUCAACUUCUUCAUCACAUUACUGAAGUGAAGCCAAAGUAAGUGUAUCAAGCACUCAAUAGGGCCAUUUAUACGAGGAAAAAUAAGACGCGUCUUACAUAGGACGCGUCUUAAAUAAGACGCGAACUUUCCGUAUAAACAGCACAUUUCGUCUAAAAUAAGACGCAGCUUAGCUGAGACGCGUCUUAUUUUAGAACAGCCCUUAACACCUGUUCUUAGAUAAGACGCGUCUUAGCUAAGACGAGAAAAACUUCGUAUAAAUGACCUUCGCGUCUUCGUCUUGGCGCGCCACGUUGGAUUGCCGUUACUACGGGCAAAAAACGAGUCAAGAACAGAAAUAUGACGCGAACCAUUUGUACAAGCUGUUCUCGUCUUACAUAAGACUUGCUCGUAUAAAUGGUACAGUUGGCGUCUUAUUUAAGACUGAGACGCGUCUUAUUUUUCCUCGUUUAAAUGGCCCUAUUGACUAUUUAAAAGAGGUGUCAACAAUGAGAGAACUCUCGUGCGGUGGCCGCUUAAGAGAAUUAAUUUCCCAUUCUUUUCUACAAUUAUUUCGGGACUUUUGAUUACUGGUUGCUUAAUAGAGAGUGGUCACUUAAUGGACGUUCAACUGUAAUAAAGUUUUCUGUUUAUGUGGUUCUUUAGCAAUCAAUCACUGUAUCGAUGGAAACCAUGGAUGUCAUAGUAAUGCUGACUGCUUCUAUCUUGGACCUGGAAAACACAACUGCACAUGUGCGUCUGGUUACACAGGAGAUGGAACCGUCUGUGUUGGUAAGCCCUAAAGUAGUGGCAGCUUUUAAAUUAUCUUUAACUUAAGAUUAUGGAGAUUUAUUAAAUUUGUAAUUUGACUUCCGGCUUUUUCUAAGUCAGAAUUGAAAUGCGUGAGAUUUUCGUAAGGUUAUGACCAGGAUUUCUGAAAACGUCCCAGCGACUUCCGAAGGUUUCGGAAGAUUUUCCGUAAAUUUCUGAACGUUACCAAAAAUGCGCGAAGGUGUUCCGACGACCUUUGAGCACUUCCGAAGCUAUUUAAGCCUUUCCUCCCAUACCUACACCUACAAUAGACUGGCACCGACAGUCCUAUGUAGGAUUCAAACUUAGAAUUAAAGGGCAGUUAUAUUCAACUUACCAAGGACUUGACUAAUAUCCUUGUUAUUGUAUCUCUCUUGAUUUCUUGACAGCAAUUGACCCUUGUCAAAGAAAUAACGGUGAUUGCCCAUCUAACUCAACUGUCUGUAACUUCCUGCAACCUGGAGAGGUAAUGUGGUCAUGCAGUGUCUAAGCUUAAGUGUACUUAGAUUUUCCAGUGCAGUGAUCUUCUAAUGCACCGAAAGCUAUACACUGAUUUUGAUAUACUUCAAAUUUUUCCCCGAUGAAGACUGAUACUUUCUGAAUGACUCGUUUUCCUUUGCACUUCUGAUAAUUUAUAUAGAAAUAGCGAACUAUAAAUAAUUUAAAUGUUGCUUUUUUUGUAAGUAUGUCGUUUGUUAAAAUUUCGAUCUAAAAUAAGAAAGUCGCUGCAAAGUUCAGCUUCAUCAAAUUUUGGUUUUGCACGCGAGCGUCCCAUUUGAACUAGGCCUGAGUUUCCAUUUCAACACAUUACUAAUGACAGUGGUGAUAUUCAUUGUAGAGUAACUGCAGCUGUCUUCCUGGAUUUCAAAACUAUACGAGUGGGGCUGGUUGUGUGAUGAUUGAUCUCUGUGAAAAUGGAGGCGGGUGUGACGUCCAUGCAAACUGUACAAUGAUAGGACCAGGAGUAAAGAGGUAUGAUCCUUGCUACAUGCAGGCUAGUGUUUAUAAUUCAUGCCUGUUCAUACAGUUCUUUAAACUGGUCAAAAUGGUCUUAUUCUUUUAUAGGUGUGACUGUAAAAAUGGCUAUCGAGGAAAUGGAACCAUUUGCUAUGGCAACAUUCUUCAGGUAAACAACAUCUUUAAUGAGAACACUGCUUGAAUGCUUGAUACACUAAGUGGCUCAUACUUAAUGUUACUCAACUACCAAAUUAGCAACUCCCAUGUGGUUUGACUUUGUAAUAAUGGGUAUGUCAAGCUGGACUGGCUCACCUCCCUAGCUAAAUUAAAUAAAAAUUGGGGUUCACAUUGUCAAAAAGUCGUCUUUCUUAGCUAUAUCGAAAGGUAGUUUUUAGCCUGAAAGUUGGUCUGACCAUAAAAAGUUAAGUGCAGAUUUUAAUAACGUAGAGGGUUAAGAGAAGUAAUUAUGAUGUUCCAGUUUGAAAAAGUCGAUAGUUUCAAAUUGGGGCUCACUUGUCGAUGCGUUGUCGUUCUUAUCUUUAUCAAAAGUUAUUUCUUCUGUCUGAAAGUACGACUUUUCCAUGAAAAGUAAAAUGCAGUUUUACUAUUGUGGAGGGUCAAGGGAAGUAAUUGUGAUGUAGCAGUAAGUUUGAUGAAUAUCAGAUGUGAAUUACGAAGGGUCAGGCCUUUGUCGUCCAGUUGACAAGAGUUGUGCCCCACAUUCUCGCUUCAUAUCAGGUUGUAAAAUAAAACAGAGUGCUGAUGAGAAACCUGUGGCUGGCUAGCAUAGGCAGGGGGUAGCUACAUUGCUACUUCACACAGGAAAACCACACUGGCAUGGGUUCUAGCUUUUGAGGAUCGUUUGGGUUGACAAGCGUUAGUUAUGAUUGGUCGAUGGAAGGCGAGCAUUAACCAAUCAUAACUAACGCUUUUCUACCCAAACGAUCCCAAAAAUCUUUGCGCCGAAAGCUUGCACCCAUUUCCCUUGCAGUUUCAGGAGUGGGGAAUGUGGGCUGCCUGCAGUCCUUGUGGGCUGCCUGUGGUCCUUGUGGGCUGCCUGUGGUCCUUGUGGAGUUACCCAGCCUGGCCUGUAAGGACUGUCAUGUACCUUUUGUGUCCAAUCUGAUGUUAUGUUGUUGCAGAGGGUAAAAGAGCUGAACCUUCAAGGCCCAAAUGGACUCAAGGGACAACUGAAUACUGCCAUUGAUUUGCUGACUGGUUCUUUUGUUCACCAAGCCCUUGCUGGUGCAGGGCCAUUUACUCUGUUCCUGAUGGUGGACGAUGCUUUUGCAAACCUUACCCAGGAACAGGUAAAGUAG